UGAUGUCGCUCGUGUAGUUGUCAUAUUUUGCCGCCUUGGCGGCAAAUGAUAACAUAUCACAGUUUACUGUCAGAGGAUUCUUCAAGGGUUGAAUUUCAAUUUUCAUCCUUAAAGAGAAUUUUAAAAAAAGCAACUCGGCAUGGAUGAUUCACUAAAAUAUUUGGAAAGUUGCACUCAAGUUCUGGAGCCCAAGGAUGAUUUCAGGUUCCCGUUCCAUCCUUACCAAAUCCAAAAAGACUUCAUGUCCAAUCUUUACAAAGCGAUCGAAGGGCGAAAACUGGCAAUAUUUGAAAGUCCGACAGGAACAGGAAAGACAUUAAGUAUAAUUUGUGGAGCUCUUGCUUGGCUGAAAGAUCAUGAAGAGAGGGAGAUACAUGCUCUUGAAAAGGCGAUUUCACAGCUCGAACUCAAUAAAGUCGAGAGUUCUACGGACUGGCUUUCCGCACAAAUAAAAAAUGUUGCGAAUGACAAUUGUCGCAGGGAGCUUCAACUGCGUUUGAACAAUAUCACCAAGAAAAGUGAGCAGGUCAAACGCAUAAAAGAAAAACAGAAAAUCCACACAAUCAGAAAGGAGAAACCGGAUGAAAACAAAAAUAUCGAAGAAAAUGAUUUAUUCUUAAAACCGGUCAUUGAAGAAGAUGGUGAUAUUAUUUUAGAAGACUUUGAUGAAAGUUACGAUGAAGUACUGGAAGAGGAUGACAAAGAAAAUGAAAUAAAGGAUGAAAGUGUUAAGAUAAUUUUCUGCAGUCGAACGCAUUCUCAACUCUCCCAGUUUAUUCAUGAAAUCAAGAGGACGAUCUACAAGGAAAACAUCAGGGUCGUCCACUUAGCCUCUAGACAGAUGUACUGUAUAAAUAAGGCAGUGCAGAAGUUGAACAUUCAGUCGUUAAUAAACGAAAAGUGCUUGGAGAUGCAGAAGUCUUCAAGUAAGAAAGCUACUUCGAAAUCAGAUGACGGAGCAGACACAAAAAGGCGCAAGAAGGGUGAAGGUGGUUGUUGUCCAAAAUUGAAAAACGUUACAAAACUGGGUGAAAGGAUAAUAUCGGAUAUACAUGAUGUCGAAGAAGUACUGAAACUAGGGGAAGAACUUGGUUCUUGCCCUUAUUAUGCGUCCAGGCAGAUGGUCUCAGAUCUUGCUCAGGUAGUUGUCGUACCAUACAAUACACUCCUGCAUAAGAGUACACGAGAAGCUUGUGAUAUUAAAGUAGAAAAUAAUGUUGUGAUCAUCGACGAGGCUCAUAAUCUUCUCGAAACAAUUUCACAUAUCCACAGCACACAAGUGACAGGACUGCAGCUAACACAUGCCUACAGUCAACUUACACAAUAUAGAGACAAAUAUGAAAAAAGGUUCACUCCUUUCAAUUUACUUCAUCUCAACCAGUUGAUAUUUGUGAUUGGCGCAUUAAUAAAAUUUAUAGGGGGAAAAGCCGGUUGUGGACCUAAUGAAGAAGCAUCUUUGCGAGUUCUCGACGCAAAAAUAUAUUCUGUUGCCGAUUUCAUAAUGUUGGCGGAAAUUGAUAACUACAAUAUCUACACACUGUUAAAUUUUUGUGAAAAGACCAAAAUUUCUCGUAAAUUACAUGGUUAUACUGAACGGUAUACACCAUUGGUAAAAUCACAAAAUAUGCUGAAGCCUAAGCCUGGUGCUGGUAUGAAAGCCUUUAUACAAGAUAUUUCUAACAAGAAAAAUAAGAAAAUAGAAGAACAAAAGCCUUCACCUGUGUCAGAAGCAGAGCAAGUGAUUCAAGGCCAACCUUUAAUUCAAAUUUUAUCCUUUUUGAACAACCUGACACAAAACUACGCUGAAGGAAGAGUCGUCGUCAGCCGGCAGAUGAUCAUUGGAAAAAGUUAUAUAAAAUACCUGCUCCUGGACCCUGCAUCGUCGGUAUCUGAUAUUAUAAAUAAAGCAAGGUGUGUUAUUUUAGCCGGUGGCACAAUGCAGCCUGUGUCGGAAUUCAAGGAUCGUUUAUUUUCUGCAUGUGGGGCCAGUGACGACCGAAUUUUAGAAUUUUCCUGUGGACAUGUUAUCCCACCUGAGAACAUAUUGCCGAUUGUUGUUAGUGCUGGGCCUACAGGGAAGCAGCUUGAUUUUUCUUUUAAUAACAGAGAUUCUGCAUUAAUGUUGAAUGAAUUAGGCCGACUUUUAAUUAAUGUUUGCACUGUCGUACCGGCUGGAGUUGUCUGUUUCUUUCCCUCAUAUGACUAUGAGUCAAAGGUGUUCGAGCAUCUAGAAAAGAACAACAUGCUGCAACAAAUAUCGUCGAAAAAAAAGUUAUUCAGAGAACCGAAGAUGUCAUCGAAAGUCGAUACCGUGCUGGCGGAGUAUGCAAAAACCAUCCAAUCAAAAAAUUCUCCCAUCAAUGGGGCGUUGCUGUUCAGCGUCGUUGGCGGUAAAUUAAGUGAAGGGCUCAACUUUAGUGAUGACCUCGGAAGGUGCGUUAUUGUCGUUGGGAUGCCUUACCCAAACAUAAAGUCACCAGAGUUGCAGGAAAAAAUGUUUUUUCUCAAGGAAAAUGUUGGGCCUCAAGCUGGCAGGGAACAUUAUGAAAACCUUUGCAUGAAAGCGGUCAAUCAAUCGAUCGGGAGGGCGGUUAGACAUAAAGCAGACUACUCGACCAUGCUCCUCUUAGAUCACAGAUACGGAAAGCAAAACAUACAAGAACUUUUGCCAACGUGGAUUAGGUCGUCUUUGAAAAUUGAACCAAAGUUCGGCCCUGUCCUGGCAAACCUUGUUAAGUUUUUCAAGUAUCACAAGGUAAAAGGAGGCCUGUCCAGCUAAUACAAAAUAUGUUCAUCUAACUUGUAAACUUAUCCUUGUAUUAAUUGUAAAUAAAAAUGUAUACUUUCUUUACUUUUAAAACUUAA